UAUUUGUCAUUCGCUGUACUAUACUUUCAGUGGAAGUCCUUUGAUCUCAUAUCUUAUCAGCAACAAUUUAGAUAAAUACAUCGGGGACUCCCACUAAACUGAAGUGCACUUAUGCGUGUUAACAAAGAAGUGAAUUUUAGUUGAAUGCAGUCUCAAUAGCCAAUCUCAACAAGCCAAUUUACAAUGCCGGGUUUAUCGUGCGUUAUUUGUUCGGAAGUUUAUAGAAGUAGUGACGUCAUAUGUAGCACAUCUUGUGGGCAUGUAUUUCAUUUUCAGUGUUUGCAACAAUGGCAAUCGCGGGAGACAAGCUGCCCACAAUGUAGAUUUCGCAAUCCACAGACCCAUAAGUUAUACAUCGAUUUCGACGAAACUGCAACUGAUAUAAAAUUAAAUGAAACCAAGGCGCAAUUAGAUUUAACCGAGAAAUCAAGAAGUGAACUACAAUUACAACUAGAUGUGACUGAAAGCAAUAUUUCUGGUAUUCAAAUACUUCUUUCUCAGGCAGAGGACAAAAUAUUGGAUCUCGAAUACAAAAAUGAUUAUUUGAAAGCCCAAAACGAUAGCAGAGAGCAAGCAAUUGCAAAAGCUGCGGAAGAAUCUGAAGACUUCUUGGUUAAAAUAGCUAGUUUGGAGGACAAUUUUAAAGAAGUUCUAUUAGAAAAAGAAAAAUUAGCAUUAGAAAUGGAAAAAAGAGUUUCAGAAUGUACAAUUUUAAAAGAUGCAAAUAAUAAACUGGAGACGUUGGUUAAACGUAAUGAAAACUUUCUUAGCAACACUCGCAAACAGUAUGAAGCAGUAGAAAGCGCACUUAAAGUAAAAGUAGAGCAGUUAAAAGACGAACUGAUUACCAAAAGUGCAUUAAUACAACAGCUAGAGAAUAGAAUAAGAGAGAUCGGAAGUAAUAAGCAGAAUUCCCAACAAUAUUCAGAUCAGCGAGAAAUCCAACGACACAAUACUACUGAAAUAAUUAUACAAAAACUAAAAUUGGAAAAAGAAUUAGAACAAACUUUAGACAAAAUUGUCGAGUUGGAAAACAACCACAUCAGAGAUAUAGAGUUUUUAAAUUUGGAAAUUGAUAGUUUAAAAGCAGAUAAUGAGAGAAAGGAUAACGAGAUUGCAAAUAGAAAAGAAGAGCAUGCGAAGAUGAUGACCAGACUUACUUCACUGGGCUCAAAAGCAACAGAAAUGGCCCUUCGUAAGCGAAUUGAACUUUUAAAUACUAAAUUAGAAGAGACGCGUAGUGAACUCGAGAGCUCACUUAAAAAUUCUGCUGAAUUGAACCGCGUUAUCUCAAAGAUAAAAGCCGAGAGUAAAGUUGUAGAGGGUGCUAACUCCAGUGUGGUAAAGUAUUCUUCUGCAAUCCAACCCCAAAACACCACUGCCUCCUCAACGAACCAAAUCGCAGAGAAGUGUGAAGAAAAUACAAGUGUUGUUAUUAGAGGUGUUUGUGACAGCGAUAUUAAAAAUCCCUUGGCUGAUACAGUGCUAAUGCUUACAGAGAUUAUGAAUUUGCCGUGCACGGCUGCAGAUAUUAAAGAUGUAUUCAAACUCAAUAACACAUUUAAAUUGAGAAAUAAUAUACAGAAAGAUAAAACAACUUUAGUUGUAGCUUUCACAACUCUUAACAUGAAAAUAAAAUUUUUGGAGAACAAAUCAAAGUUAAGAAACAAAGCUCUAGUAGUUUCAGCAUUCGUUGACAAUGAAACAAACAAACUUUUUCAUUAUGCAAAAUCAUUAAAAUCCUUGGGUUACCAUGUUUUUUGUAAAAAUAAUUCUGUAUUUGCCAGAGUCGGGGACAAUUCUCAAAUAUUAAAAAUUAACAGUAAAUUAGAAGUUGACAAUAUUACCAAAAAUUCAAAUCAGCAAAUAAGCGAGAAACAUAAAAUGUCAUUAACGGGAGCUAAACAUAAAAGUGUAAUACAUAAAAAGAAAGAAGAUGAAAAUGCACAACUCUCUGCUGAAGAAUGUGAUGAAGAAUUUUACCGCAAAUGAUAUAUAGUUUAUAAAUACGGAGGUAUUUAUUUAAAUACUCCUCGUAUUGCACACGCAUAUAUGAUUAAACGUGCCAAAUUGCCCAGAGGGCGUUAAUUUUAGUAUGACCAUUGUCAAAUUACAAUUAAUAUCAUAUACAUAUAAUAUGUAAAUUUUGUUCACUAAAGUUACAAAUAAAUUUUAUAUAAAUAUAUAAAC